GCUGCACGGUGUGGAGAAGGAUUUCUGACCCUCUUCUCUACGGGAUCGGACGGAGUCAGAAUGAGGUGGCUCCAUAUCCUUGUGGUACUGACCGUCCUGAGAGAAAGUUGGGGCUGUCAGCUGCCCCACGACUGGAGACCACAAAGUGAGCCGUGCCGGGCUGAACUGGCCGAAAUUAUCCUCUACGCAAAGGUGUUGGCUAUCUACAAGGACACGUACAGCGUGCAUAACUACCUGCCGUGGCAGUAUGACACAGACCUCUUCUAUUCUGCAGAAGUGGAGCUGCUUUGUGACCAGGCCUGGGGCAGUAUGCUGGAGAUGCCAGCCGGAGCCAGGUUUAACUUGACUGGGCUCGGUUACUUCCCCUGUCACUCUUAUACCGUCGUGGAGAACAACACCUACUACUUCUUCGUGAGGCUGGAUGAAAGUUACAACAUUGUGCCACAUGGAAUCAAUUUCCAGGAUCCGAUUUUCCCUGACACUGCUGAGAACAACCAAAUGUUUGCCAGUCUCUUCCAGUUCUCCAACUGUACCAGUGGCGCCCAUCAUCAUAUAUAUUCAGCUGAAUGGGAUCUGCAAGAGGACAAUCGGCUCCUAUGCUCAACUGUACAGAAAGCUCUUUAUGAGGAGGAAGAUCGGGUGCGGAAACUCUCCCAGAAAGUGAGAUCCCUUGAGAAGUCUAACAAUCAUCUGCGCGAGAAGGUGAAGAGGAUUAAGCGUUCGCUUAGACAGGUGAAAAAAGAGAGCAAGAGAGAGGCAAUGCUCAUGAAACAGUUCCUGCAGAAGCAGCAGAACAAGGAAAGAGGAGAGCUGAAUGCAAAACAGGACACUGGCAAACCGAUCCUGAAGAAGUCUGUCGAGAAACCAGUCAACCAUAAACUGUAA